GAAGAUGCUUGAGGUCCUUGAGUCUGGACUUAUAAUUAGAACAGAAAAUCAGGUGUUAAAUUGGAUCCAUUCUUUCUUUCUUUUCCAUUCAUUAACUGUUUCGUGAUCAAUUCCUGUAAAAAAGAGUACCAUAAGCGGGUGAACCGAGGGUUUGUUUUGGUUUGUGCCGGCGCGGAAACGGAAAAAGGAAACGGUCGAGCCGGUGGAGCUGUGGUUGUGCUAGUUGGAAAGGAUUUUCAGGACAUUAACACCCCGGUGGAUCACCCCGUCGGUUAUCGAUUGGUUCGUGGUGCUGGCAGCAAGCCAUUUCCGGCCCAGUUCGUUCUCCGGAUCGUGUUUGUUUUUGUUUCGCGGCGGCGCGCCUCUAUUUGCUCGCUGGUUCGCUCGGGGAGGAGAACAAACACAUCCACCCUCGUCAUCAUUAGCGUAGUGCGUGGUGUCCGGAAUAGCCUGUGCACCGUUUGCCUUGCGUGCCUGUACCGAAUGGCCACCGUAACCAGCACGAUGACCACACCGACGACGACCACCAAUAGCAGUAGCAGCAGCAGCAGCAGCACCAGCCUCGAGCAGGCGUUCGAUCACAUCGAGACGAUCGACAUCGGUGGCCAUCCGACGGAUAUCGUGUACCACCGGUUCGCCAACAAACUGUUUCUCAUCAUUACGCAGCACCAGAAGAUGGCCAACGUGUACACGGUCCGGAGCCACUCGCACGCCGAUCCCGACAUGGAUCUCGGCACAGGAGGCCCACCGCCGGGUGCCAACAGCCGGAUCUACACCAUCAAGCACACAUUCGGUGCCAGUUCGGACGAGGCCGAGGCCGCUAUCCGCUAUCUGAUGAACUUCAUCGACCAGCGCGACGAAAUCGUUCUCACGCUCGCACUGAAGCAGAUCGACAAAGCAACCCUCGACCAAAUUGGCGGUCAACUGCGUAAGAUGAUAAACUAGGGAGCCCCGCAGAUCUUUCCUUAGGACUUCUAUUAAGGCAAACGUACCCGUACCCCCUGCUGCAUGCGCACACAAACCCACACGUAAUCGAUUAGUAAUGUUCUUUAAUAAAAAACGUUAAAUGAA